AUGAAGAAAACUACGCGUCCAGAUUUUCCAGUCCCAGCGUCGCCUAUUACCACUGCUCGUCUGCUCCUUCGGCCCAUUCAACAGUCGGAUCUAGAAGACUUCCAUGUCCUUCGCACCAAAAUUGAAGUGAUGAAGUGGACUUCCACCGGGAAAGUCGACGUUGACAAGGAAGCCACACAAAUCUGGAUGAACAGGUUUCUUCCACCGAAUGAUGCCACCACUUUCAAUUUUGCUAUCGAGGAGCUCGCGAGCCCCGGCAAGGCCAUUGGUGUAUUAGGCUGUCACAUCGCAGAACCACCCGAGUGUGGUUACAUGUUGCGCCCCGAGGCCUGGGGUCAAGGGUUUGCCACAGAAGCGCUUCAGCGAUGGCUGCAAGCUUGGUGGGAGUUGCCUCGGAAAGAAGUGACGAUCGAGGAGGCAGAUGAGGGAGACGCGAUCGACGACAGCGUUGUCGUGGUGCCUGAGGUGUUGCGAGCAGAUAUAGACGGCAAAAACAUUGCAAGUGCCAGGAUAUUGGCCAAAUGUGGUUUUCGCCGGGUUGCUGAGGAGCUGAUUGAAGAGAAUGGCACGACCGUCAAUCUGAUUAUUUUCGAACUCGCGAGACCGAGAUAA